UACACAUAAAAUUUAAUGUCCUCCACCCCCUUGGCCCCUUUGGCAGAUAUCUCAUACUAUUGGCGACGACCCCUUCCAUCCCUUCACGUCUCCAUUCAAGCCAAAAAUACCAAACAGUAGUAGUAAAGACAUACACUUUGGUGAAAAUAACAAUGAUUCCCCUGUUACCCAUCAUCAAGCACAAGAAAUCGUCAACUGGGAUUGGAACAGUUGAGGGAGAAACUGAUUAACAUCAAUGCAGAGGCAGGGAAAGAACCCAUUUUCAUGAAAUGGAAGUGUCAUUUAUUUAGAGGCUACUACAUAUGAACAAGGGUUUUUGUAGUGAUGAUAAUUGUGGCAAGGGAAUAUGAGUGUGCUUGAUGGGUCGUAUUCAUACUGGAAGAAAGAGAUUUUUGGUUCCCUCCCUUCAACCUUUUGUCAUUGUCUUGCGUCUGGAAGAGAGAUGGAGAGGGAGCUCCAUUUUUGGGGACCAUUCUGUCAAGGCGGAAAAAUAAGAGAGAAGAAGAAAAGAAAAUGGAGGUGGGGAAAAAGGGAGAGUGAGUCACAUGAAUCAUGAUAGGAAUUAGGAGCCCCCUUGAAUUCACAUGUCCCAUCCCCUCUUCCAUUAAGCUCCUUCUCCUCUUAUAGUCUUUCCUACAUGUCCUCUGGUUUUGUUCCUUUGGGCUCUAUCUUUGUCUCUAGAGGGUUUAAUACUAUGGAGACUACAGACAAUGCCAUGUUAAUACAAGAUGGAAUAUGGAACAAUGGCACCAGAAAGGAAGAUUUGAACUUGAAAUUGUUAAUCCGCAACCGCUUCUUACAUGUAUACCAUUUACGUAUAUGAAAUGUUGCAGAUUAAUACGAUAACAUCUAUUGAAAUUGAAACCAAUUUGACUUUGGGGUGGUUUAAUGGUUUACUCCAAACUUAACUUCUUUCAUUCUGGGUUUCAUAUGCUUAAAGUUGAGACCAGUUUUUAAUAUUAUACUUAAACUAAUUCAAGAUGUUAAUAUGUAAACUGGUAUCAUAAUAUUAUUAUGAAUUGUUGAAUUAUGUUUUUUAAGUAGUUUUUGGCAAGAAUAAUAGUGAUUAUCAUCGUACUUCUUGUUCUUAAUUGUUUUUUGUGAAUUUACAAUUACAAUAGGUAUUUAGGGUCACUCUGGAAUUAGUUGUCAAUGUGUCUUUGUGUAGCUAUGAAUUUUCGUUUUAAGAACAUAUCAUAAAUCUCAAGUCACAUAAGAAGAACAUUUUUAAUUAAGAUAGAACAUCUUCUUAAUAUAUCAAAAUUUCAUUCCCUCUUCCCCUUUGAAUAUUAGAUUUAAUUCUUCAUGUAAAAAAAAAUAUUAGAUUUAAUUCUCAUAGAGGACCUAAGUUCAAAAUUCUAAUAUGAUUUUGGACCAAACAAAUGGAUAAAGACCGUCGAACAUGGGCUUACACAGGCCCACAACGGGUGGAAACCCCAACGGGCCGCGCGCCAACCUGAGAUUUGCCAAUUUGUUACAGACCGGAGAAAGUAACCGAAGUGUUUUCUUCUUCCUUCCCCCGAUUUCCUUUCCCCGCCUUCCCUGAGAGACCAUCCAUCAACCACGCGCCGGAAUCUCGCCGUCGUAGACGAAACGAUGCUCAGCAUUCUCGCUCAGGUGAGCACCGAUUCUCCGGAAAAUCUUCUCCGCCGAUGAACCCUCUUGAUGCCGCGAUUCGCUGCUGAUGAAUUCUUCUGUCUUUUUGUUACCGCAGGAGCGCCUGCUCGGAUUCGCGUUGGGCGGCGCUUUCACCGGUUUCGUGGUGUUUGAGCAGCGGAGGCGAAUCCACGACUCAAUUUCGGCCUACCAAUCUCCGUCCGAUGCCCAAAAACAGGUAAAGUUCGUUCCUUUUUUUUUUUUCCAAUUUUCACUGUUGAUUUGUUGCCGUAAGUAAUUGCCAUUUGUCUAGUCCAUAACCCUAGAAUCCAGUGUGAUCUCCGUUUUAGUUUGAUUCGACUUCCUUGAUUCAUUGAUGCGAGAAAAUUGAGUGGGAUUUCGUUUUAGCUUAUUAUUACUUGAAUGCGGUGGAGGAGUGGAGGGAUGAUGUCUUCCAGUCUUUCUCUAAGCGUUGUUGCCCUUUAUAUGUGAAUGUGGAGUUUCCUUACUGGUCCUUAUCUUCCAUUUGUAUUUGGAAAUGGCACAGCUAUGUUGCAAUUUAGUGAAUGUAGUAGCUUGUAAGUGUUGGAAGUCCUUUGAAUGGAAGAACUUGUUAGAGCGAUUUCGUGGUUCUGGUGAUGGAAUGGUGGCAUUAUAGCAUGUCUAAAAAGCAUAUUAAGAUGAACUACUAGCAAUGCGAGAGUAAAGGGUGGUUGAAGAGGUAGCAGAAUCAGAAUGGUGGUUUGGUAUGAUCCAUCCCAACUUCUUUUAUAUCCCGGGUAGGGACAUGAAACGAAAAUGUUCAUCCUUUGAAACCAAAACCAUUGUUUAGCAGAGACAGAUAGGAGAAGGAUAAUGAACUCUUUAUGCUUUCUUUGGAUGAUUGAUUGAUCUGAGUCGCUUUUGCACUUGGACUACCUCUAUAGCAUCAUCGAUAUGCAACUCUUCCGUACCUGCUCAGUAUUCAGUCCAUCACCCCCGUGAUAACUGCAAUACACACAUGUAUAAUACUAAGACCGAGCUUUUUUUCCUUCUUAUGGCUUUGGCUCGCGUUGCAGUUGAAAGAGCCGAUAUUGGGUAAGCAAUUCCGCUCGGAAUCUGCUCUCUUAUGGAACAAAGCCGUGGAUCAGGCGUUCGGGCCGCUCGUUUCCGCCCUUAGUUCGCACAGAGAAUGAAAUCAUUGAACAUGUUUGUGAUCGUGUAUUCUACCCAUUAUUUUGCCAAUUCUUAUGAAUUAUGAUAUGCUGAAGAACAUGCUUGCAAUUGUCUUAUGAAAAUCCUCCCUUUUUUUCUCUGUUUUGUAUCAUGUACCACUCACAGACUUUAACUUGCUUGCUUGUUACACUGUACACGAGGUGUAAUUGGUGAUGUUGAUGUGUGCCUCCCUGGAAAUCCAUUGAAUGGAAAGGAAAGCUGCAGAAAAUAAGGGGGACAUUGUUGUUUUUCAGAAGUAUGUUACAGCCCACAACCGUUGGUAGAAGAAGAUAAAAACCUCAGUUAUGUCUCACCCUGAAAUGCUUGUCGUAUGAGGAAAACCUUCUAACUUGUCUCACCGGAAAUGCCGAACGUAGGUGGAAUACAAAACAAACCAAGUUGAAAAUGGCACCGGCGAAAUUUGUCUGAGGCACACUGGACAGGAGAGAACACCUCAAAACCAUCAAUUAGCUGUGUCAGUGGAUGCUAUAACAGCAAUGAAGAAGAUAACAAUCUUGUUUGAACCGCUCUGUCGUCCUAAGCUUUCUCAUUUUCAAUUCGUAAUGGCUGUCAUCGAAACCCUAAGAAAUCAUGUGUAGCGAUAUGCUUAAUGAGUCGGGCACGUUUAAGAACUAGCAAGUAGUUUGUUUAUGAGUGAGUGAAUGAUCUUAUUGAGUACUAUGUUCGAGGUGGAUUGCAAGGAAAAAGUAUGUGGUACCAAGCCAAUGAAACAAGAAGGAAAGC